AGUCUUUUGCACAGCGACAAACAGUAAAAUCGAUCAAUUGUGGAUCCGGCUCCGGGAGCCCGGUGGUGAUGAAUUAUUUUGGUCUUUGGCUUCCUGUGACGGUGAUUCCACGCAGAACGACGUAGAUCUCACGUUCUGGGACGCUAUCCUGUUGCGCUGCCAGCUUCAGACGAAGGGAGACCCAGCUCAAAUGGCGUGGCAGGAUAUGGACCCGCUAACCAACGCGUAUCCGGAAGUAAAGGUGCCAUGUCCCUCAGGCAUGCGCUCGAUUGCUGGAGCCUGCGUGUUCAAGCCUCCGGAGGACUAUCAUUCGGUCCCUCCCCUUGGUGGUUCCUUCCUCGAUCCGACUGAUCCAACGAAGUGGGUUUGUCAGCACGGAAAUCCACCUGGCAAUGAUUAUAAGGCUUUGGGCAGAGUUUUUUGCAUCAGCGAGAACAACGAUUUGUGGCGAUACGUAUACCAUAAAGAGAGCACGGAGAAAAAAAAACACGAAGAGUCAUCGCCUAAAUUGCGCUCGGGGGACGCACGUGUUGAAUGCCGGCUGCGCCAUUGACCGCGACAAUCCUUCUAUUAAGGACAGUAGCUAUAAUAUCAUGGUGAUUAUAUUUUCAGCGAUAUUGAAGGGGACCACUCUACGAAUCUCUCAGCCUCGACGGAUAAUAGCUCUAAAUGUUGAAAUUUGCUACGACCUAUGGCCUACUCUGUAUUACUUAUAUAUGUUCCAGGGCUCAGGGCGGGAGGCCCCCCCCCUCUUUGAGGGGGGGGCCUCCGUAAGGGUCAGCGAACGCCCCCCGCGGUCCUACAUAAGACGCCACGCCUUCCCCCCUCUGGUAUACUACUGAGAGCUUGCCCCAUCUUGGUUCGAGCGUCACGCGAAAAGCGUGACGCGUCACGCGAAAAGCGUGACGCUUUUGUUGCAUGUACCCUACAGACUUACUAGAGACAAGGCGUCACGCUCUUCGCGUGACGCUCAAGAAAGGGCCUGCAGAUGAAGGCCCCACCUUCAGAUCAUGAGGACCUUCGGGCCCUCAGCUGAAGUCUUUCCGAUCAUGAAAGAGGACCCCCAAGGGAGAACCCUCACUCUGAGAGGGCUCGCCGAUGAAGUCCUUCCGAUCGUGAGGACCUUCAAGGGAGAGCCCUCAAUCUGAAUAGAGGACACUCAGCCGAAGUCCUUCCGAUCGUGAGGACCUUCAAGGGAGAGCCCUCAAUCUGAAUUGAAGUCCUUCCGAUCAUGAGGACCUUCAAGGGAGAGCCCUCAAUCUGAAUAGAGGGCACUCAGCUGAAGUCCUUCCGAUCAUGAGGACCUUCAAGGGAGAGCCCUCAAUCUGAAUAGAGAGCACCCAGCUGAAGUCUUUCCGAUCAUGAGGACCCUCAAGGGAGAACCCUCACUCUGAAAGGGUCCUCAAAUGAAGCACUUCCGAUCAUGAGAGAGGACCUUCAAGGGAGAACCAAACCUCACUCUGAAUAGAAGACACUCAGAUGACGCCCAAGGGAGAGCCCACCGUCAGUCGAAUCUGAGAGGGCCCCCCGAUGAAGCUCUUCCGAUCAUGAGCGAGGACCUUCAAGGGAGAACCCUCACUCUGAGAGGGCCCUCAGAUGAAGCUCUUCCGAGCAUGAGAGGGGACCUUCAAGGGAGCGCCCUCCCUCUGAGAGGGCUCGCCGAUGAAGCUCUUCCGAUCGUGAGGACCUUCAAGGGAGAGCCCUCAAUCUGAAUCGAGGACACUCAGCUGAAGUCUUUCCGAUCAUGAGGACCCUCAAGGGAGAGUCCUCACUCUGAGAGGGCUCGCAAAUGAAGUCCUUCCGAUCAUGAGGACCUUCAAGGGAGAGCCCUCAGUCUGAAACUGAAUAGAGGACACUCAGCUGAAGCCUUUCCGAUCAUGAGGACCCUCAAGGGAGGGCCCUCGCUCUUCUCUGAGAGGGCUCGCAGAUGAAGCCCUUCCGAUCAUGAGGACCUUCAAAGGAGAGCCCUCAAUCUGAAUAGAGGACACUCAGCCGAAGUCUUUCCGAUCAUGAGGCUGAGGACCCUCAAGGGAGAACUUCGGCCAGCGUCACGCUCACACACUGGCAAAGGGGCGCCCGGUCCGCAUUGGAUUCCCAUGCGUCACACUAAAGAACGCACGCGGGAAAGACAUCCGACCCCGAUGAGAUUCCCACGCGUCAUGCUAGAGCGCACAUCGUCAAAAAGCACCCAAUCCCCCCGAGAUUCCUACGCGUCACGCUAGAGCACGCAUGGCGAAAAAACACCCAAUCCCCCCGAGGUUCAUACGCGUCACGCUAGAGGCGUGACGCGUGACGAUCCGCGGGGGGCGUUCGCUGACUCUUACGGGGGGCCUCCCCGCCCCGGCCACUCUUUUCGAGGGGCUGCCGGGCGGGAAGGCCUCAAAGCGCCCACUUCUGACCCCUUCCCGCUUCUUGCGUGUACCCUACAGACCUGGCAAAGGCUGGGCCCUCUUGUCGUGUUGCGUGUACCCGACAGAGCUGGCAGAGGAGGCAAGGCGGGACCCACCCCCUUGGCGUAGGGUUGGGCACAUGCAACACGCCAGAGGGGUCCAGCCUUGCCACCUUUGCCAGGUCUGUCGGGUACAUGCAGCACGCCAAGGGGGUGGGUUCCCGCCUUGCCUCGUCUGCCAGCUCUGUCGGGUACACGCAACACGACAAGAGGGCCCAGCCUUUGCCACNUAGGGUUGGGCACAUGCAACACGCCAGAGGGGUCCAGCCUUGCCACCUUUGCCAGGUCUGUCGGGUACAUGCAGCACGCCAAGGGGGUGGGUCCCGCCUUGCCUCGUCUGCCAGCUCUCUCUGUCGGGUACACGCAACACGACAAGAGGGCCCAGCCUUUGCCACCUUUGCCAGGUCUGUAGGGUACAUGCAAGAAGCGGGAAGGGGUCAGAAGUGGGCGCUUUGAGGCCUUCCCGCCCGGCCGCCCCUCGACAGACCUGGCCAAUAAGGUGGCAAGGCUGGACCCCUCUGGCGUGGUCCACCCCAGAUCCAUCCACAGGGGGGGGCCUCCCUCCCUGGUACAUAUAUAACAAUGGCCUUUUCCUGAAUUGGUUAAGUCUAAUUCUAGUGCGGCACGGUUCCAGGGAGUGGAGGUCACGGGCUCGAAGUCUGGGGGAGUGGUCACCACCGGUGCAAAUGCUACGCAUCUAAGAAGGCGACAAUUAAGCUGUCAGCUUUCUGCCUAUCGCCUGCUAUGGACUGCGAUGCGGGAAAAGUGUGGAACAGCGCCUUCUGUUCAGGAUCGAGCUACAAUGAAUGGAAGUCCGCGCUGGGCCAGAAGGACUGUUCCGGAAAAGCGUGCUCGAACGCGCGAGUAGAUCGGUCCAACUGCUGUAAAGCAACCACCACAACGACGAGUACGUCAACGACGAAGACACAAACUAGAAAAUUAACGAGCACUACGAAAACGACGACAAAACCAGAAGCAACCGCGAGCACAGAGACGACCACCAGCACUGAAACGGAGACAACUAGCACUACUUCAACAACUGUUGCUGUUGUGGUGGGAAGCUUCACUGCUGGUGACGCAAAACAAGAGGAGGCUAUAGCUGCGAUGACUAUAAGUGAGAGCUCUUCCGUGUUUGUCGGCCUAGGCGGGGUGGGAGCCGCCUUCGUUGUUUUGUGGAUGCUAUUGUCACCAGCUUAG